ACCACUGGAGGCGCCGCGCGGCCGCCGCUGUCCGCGCUGGAGACCACAGCUCCGCACAGGCGGCGCCCGUCCUCCGCGCCUCCGGAGCCUCCUCCAGCCUGCGCGCCGGCAGAUAGCACGGGUCAUCUCCCGCCGCGACCUACGGCUCGCCCUGCAGGGAAUCCGGGAGCCGCGGGCAGUGGCCGGGCAAGUUGUGCAUCGGGUUUGGUUGUGCGCGUGCACUGCGGACUGUCCUCGCGAGCACUCCUGGCUACCCCCGGCUGGCGUCCCUGCAGCCCUCUCUGCAGCCUGCGUCCACGCUCAUCGCCCGAGCUCCCUUCUCCGGUUCAGACCGGGACAGGGUUUGCAUUGCAGUCAGGACGUGCUUCCCCUGCGUCGAGCUUGGAGCUGCCCGCAGAACGAGUCGCCGGGGACGCUGGGGGAGGAGGGAUGGGAAACCUGGGGAGGAAGCUGCGGAGAACGAAUGACACCCGCAGAUUUCUAAAAGCCUCUACCGUUUGCAGACGCACCGUAAGCCACGUCUUAAGCUGCUUUUAAAAGUUAUGACCAGAUACUGAUUCUGUGACGAUUCUGUGAUCUACCUGAAAGGUUCUUGCUGGGAAACCAACGAAAGAAGACAGUUAAGGCACCAGCAGUGCCAACAGGGCUGGCAGACCGCAGAGGAGCAAGACGAGCUAAAGGCAUCCGAAGCCAGUCCACUGAGAAGCAGUUGUGAUGGUGCAGCCAAGCUAGAAGACUCUGACACAAGCCGAAGGUGGUUUGGACUCGUCAGCAGUGGCCUGAGUUUUCCUAGUCCAGUCUGAUCCGAGGGAGAUGGACUAAAGCCACAGAUUGUCUGCUUCUCUGUCUGUGAAUUGGAAGGCGGAUUGGGAUGGUCUUCCGUGCACAUCCCUAGACUAACUGCAGCAAUGAGUUCAGACGAGAAGGGCAUAUCCCCUGCUCAUAAGACAUCCACUCCGACCCAUAGAAGUGCCUCGUCUUCAACAUCUUCUCAGAGGGAAAGCAGACAGAGCAUCCACGUUUUGGAGAGAACUGCUUCAUCCAGCACGGAGCCCUCUGUCAGUCGGCAGUUGCUAGAGCCGGAGCCCAUCCCCCUCUCCAAGGAAGCUGACAGCUGGGAAAUUAUAGAAGGGCUGAAAAUAGGCCAAACCAAUGUCCAGAAACCAGACAGGCACGAGGGAUUUAUGCUGAAGAAAAGAAAAUGGCCUUUAAAGGGCUGGCACAAGCGCUUUUUUGUCCUGGAUAAUGGAAUGCUGAAGUAUUCCAAGGCGCCACUUGAUAUCCAAAAAGGAAAAGUGCACGGGAGCAUAGAUGUCGGACUGUCUGUCAUGUCGAUUAAAAAGAAAGCUCGGAGGAUAGACCUUGACACGGAAGAGCACAUCUAUCAUUUGAAGGUGAAAUCCCAGGACUGGUUUGACGCUUGGGUCUCCAAACUGCGCCAUCACAGGUUGUACCGUCAGAAUGAAAUUGUGAGGUCGCCGAGAGAUGCCAGUUUCCACAUAUUUCCUGCAACUUCAACAGCUGAGUCCUCCCCAGCUGCUAAUGUCUCUGUUGUGGAUGGAAAGAUGCAGCCCAACAGCUUUCCAUGGCAGUCCCCGUUACCAUGCAGUAACAGCCUCCCUGCGACCUGCACAACGGGGCAGAGUAAAGUGGCAGCCUGGCUGCAGGACUCAGAAGAAAUGGACAGGUGUGCAGAAGAUCUUGCACACUGCCAGUCAAACCUUGUGGAACUUAGCAAGCUCCUGCAAAACUUGGAGAUCCUUCAGAGAACUCAGUCGGCGCCUAACUUCACUGACAUGCAGGCUAACUGUGUAGAUAUUUCAAAGAAAGACAAGCGGGUCACAAGACGCUGGAGGACAAAAAGUGUCAGCAAAGAUACAAAAAUACAGCUCCAGGAAGGGCCACCUGCGAAGGGCCAGUUCAACACAACUCGGCGCCGGCAGAGGCUAGCGGCAGCAGUGGCUACAACAGUUCCUUUCAGCGCCACCAUGUCACCCGUGCGUCUGCACUCCUCCAACCCCAACCUUUGUGCGGACAUUGAGUUCCAGACCCCUCCUAGCCACCUCACCGACCCUCUGGAAAGUUCCACGGAUUAUACCAAGCUGCAAGAAGAAUUUUGUCUAAUUGCACAGAAAGUGCAUUCUCUUCUGAAGUCUGCAUUUAACAGCAUAGCUAUAGAGAAGGAGAAGCUGAAGCAGGUGGUCUCGGAGCAAGAUCACAACAAAGGCCACAGCACACAGAUGGCCAGACUCCGGCAGUCACUGUCACAGAGUGAAGGAGCCGGCAAAUCCUGGGCACUUAACCAGAACGCUGAGCUCCGGAGUCGGUUGAACAGAAUCCACUCAGAGUCUACCAUUUGUGAUCACGUUGUCAGUGUAAAUAUUAUCCCUAGCCCCGAUGAGCCUGGUGAGCAAAUCCACGUCAGCCUCCCUCUGUCACAGCAGGUGGCCAACGAGAGCCGCCUCUCCAUGUCAGAAUCCGUGUCAGAGUUCUUCGAUGCCCAAGAGGUGCUCCUGUCUGCAAGUUCAUCAGAGAAUGAGGCUUCUGAUGAUGAAUCCUACAUCAGUGACGUGAGUGACAACAUAUCUGAGGACAACACCAGUGUCGCCGACAACAUUUCUCGGCAAAUCCUGAACGGGGAGCUCACAGGAGGCGCCUUCCGCAAUGGCCGUCGCACCUGCCUGCCUGCCCCUUGCCCGGACACCAGUAACAUUAACCUGUGGAAUAUCUUGAGGAACAACAUUGGCAAAGACCUGUCGAAGGUCUCCAUGCCCGUGGAGCUCAACGAGCCCCUCAACACCCUGCAGCACCUCUGUGAGGAAAUGGAAUACAGUGAGCUCCUGGAUAAGGCCUCAGAGACCGACGACCCCUACGAGAGGAUGGUUCUCGUCGCUGCCUUUGCAGUCUCAGGGUACUGUUCCACCUACUUCCGAGCAGGAAGCAAGCCAUUCAAUCCGGUCCUGGGGGAGACCUAUGAAUGCAUAAGAGAAGAUAAGGGGUUUCGGUUCUUCUCAGAACAAGUUAGCCAUCAUCCACCCAUUUCUGCCUGUCACUGUGAAUCCAAGAACUUUGUGUUUUGGCAAGAUAUCAGAUGGAAAAAUAAGUUCUGGGGAAAGUCCAUGGAAAUCCUGCCCGUUGGAACCCUGAAUGUCACGCUUCCAAAAUAUGGGGAUUACUACGUGUGGAAUAAAGUCACCACGUGCAUACACAAUAUCCUGAGUGGGAGGAGAUGGAUUGAGCACUACGGUGAGGUGACCCUAAGAAAUACCAAAAGCAGUGUUUGCAUUUGCAAACUCACGUUUGUCAAGGUGAAUUACUGGAACUCCAACGUGAAUGAAGUCCAGGGGGUGGUGAUAGACCAGGAGGGGAAGGUGGUGCACCGGCUGUUUGGGAAAUGGCACGAAGGACUCUACUGCGGGGUGGCCCCCUCGGCAAAGUGCAUCUGGAGACCAGGUUCUCUGCCAACCAACUAUGAGCUCUACUAUGGCUUUACAAGAUUUGCUGUGGAGCUCAAUGAGUUGGACCCCGUCCUGAAGGACCUCCUUCCCCCCACAGAUGCCCGAUUCCGGCCAGAUCAAAGGUUUUUGGAAGAAGGGAACCUGGAAGCCGCAGCCGCAGAGAAACAAAGAGUUGAGGAACUCCAAAGAUCGCGAAGACGCUACAUGGAGGAAAACAACCUUGAACAUAUACCAAAAUUUUUUAAAAAAGUUAUUGAUGCAAAUCAAAGAGAAGCCUGGGUUUCUAACGACACCUACUGGGAGCUUCGAAAGGACCCUGGGUUUAGCAAAGUAGACAGCCCCGUUCUUUGGUAAACUGGAGACGUAGAGCUAGCCAAUAUCCCACACUCGGAAUGAAUAAAUAACUAUGCACAAUUAUGUUUCUUAUAGCUAUGCGUGGUUUCUGGGUCGACUGAAAAGCUCCCAUUGGCUUUUCUAUUCAUCUUUAUAAUGGAUUUUCAAAAGUGCAUUAGACAAGGCUCCUAACCACUUUUGGAUCCUUUCUGUUUUGCUGCAACCAUAUUCCUUAAAUAAAUAAUAAAUAAAUAAAACCCAUGCCCUCCUCGGAAAGCAGCCUAAAAGAAGGAGAAUAUAAAAUCCAAAGUCGGGAGAGUCGGAAAAGAAGAUGAAACUGUAACAGGCGCUUCAAGCUGAUCAGGAGAGUUUUAAAUGAUACACAAACUACAUGUUUCGUCUGCUGUCUGAAAGCGUCAUCCCGUACCUUAGCAGCUCCUGGGCCGUAGUCGGUUAGUUCAGACUUGAAGUGUGUUCUUUUGAUGUGGUGUGCUUGUUCUCAGCCUCGUAAAAAUUGACAACACGAUGCUUCCCGAAACCCAUUCCAUCUUUACGACAUUGUUCAUGCCUUAAGAAAUGCAAAGAUGUACAAUAAACUGUUUUUUAAAUGUGUGCUCAUAGGUGUAUGUGAAGGACAGAGUCCUGGCAUGAUUCACUUUCUUGGUCAGAAGGUUGAUUCAGCUGAUAGAAGGAUUAAAUGAGGAAAAAACACACUUUCCUUUGCUAAGUCAGUUCUGCUGUGGUGGAUCUGAGGGGCAAGAGGGCUAAGAUACUGUAUACUAAGUUAGAUCUCUGUAUCCAGGUCGUUCUUUAAGUUCCUGUCCUAUGUCCAGAUAGUAAGCCAUCCCUCCUCCGUCUGACCUCACAGUGUGCCCUGGUAUUUGGCAAAAGUUGUAUCUGAUUUGGACACCCGUCAUCAGUGUUAAACUUCAGUAGGAAGUAACAAAGCCCAGUUUCUGCCUGGGCUGGGUGGUACCAUAAAGCACACAAGGUCAUAGAACACAUCCCUGACUCAUGCCCGCCACUUGACACUGUUGCAAUUCCAUGGAGAACAAAAGCUUAUUUGCAUUACGUAAAUGGAUCCUAUGCAUAAUCAUGUUUCUUCUUUUAAAAUAAUCAGGCGGUUCCAUAUGAUACAUGGUUACAUACUAAGCAUCUACCUUGCUAAGGGCAGAUAUAUAAAACUUAGGCUUAAAAAAAAGUAUCCAUUCCAAAGGUGGGGGCGGGCAAGGUGUGUUUUGAAUCCUUCAGGUUUUGUUUCUCCUCCACAGGUAUACAGAGGCUUUUGUAGGAAGCUUGCAUUGGCAUUUUUAAGUUCUUGCAUGUACAUGACAAUAUAAACACCUGUAUGUUUUUUUAAAUAAAAAAAAAUCUCUUAAGGGGGCUUCCUAGUGAAUUAGAAACUUACAUAUAUUUUAUUGUUAGUUUUAUUCUUAGAUUCUUACCAUCUGAAUUUAAGUGUUACUUCAGACUCUGAUAACAAGGUUAGUGACAUUUUGUAUUUUGUUAAGAGGUAUCUAUCAAUCUCGGUGUUAUUUCUUCCCCCUGCCAAGCAUUCCUAAAAGCAUUCCUAAUAAUGGCCAACUCACCAUCAAACCCAAAACUUUUGCGAACAUGGAGGGAAAUCCAGAGUUUCCCCGAGAUGGAGCAAUAUUUUAGUUAUCCCCAAAUUCAUCUCCCCAUUCAUGUACACCAUGCACACAGCUGUUAGUCAUUGGAAUGAAACUUCGCACUCCAAAGAGUUCCUGAAGUCAGAGCCAGAGCCAGGCUUCCGUUUACACGGCUUUCUCCAUGUGCUCCUGGGUCCUCGGUGGCUCUCCCUGCAGUUGUAAAACCUUCCCCCGUAUCACGGACUACUUUUUUUCUUGGUUCAACCCAAUGCUGUUUUAUCAGUGCAUCUCUAGUUAUGUCUGAUUUUAUAUUGAGUUAGGACUUAAUUACAGUCCCGUGGACCUCCUCAUAAAAGCUGGUUCUCCUCCAACUGAGAAGGCUUACAGUACGAUUUAAAGUGGGUCUCACCUGCACUUACUAGUGUCUGACAAAAUGGUCUUACAUCUGCCUAAGUAAUAGAAGAGUCCUGCAGAAUAGAGAUGCCACAAGGAGGGACUGCAAAGGUGAGGUGAUCAAAACACAAUAGGAGAUGUACAUUUAGUAAAGGGCGGAAGGCCCAGGACACAGCAGGGAAGUAAAGACAGCUCCCAGGUUUGGAUUAACUGAGAAGAAAGGAGAAACAACAGAUGAAACCUUUGUAGUCAGAUAGUAAGGUUAAGAUGACAAAUAAGAUAAAGUCAGAUCUACCCUGAAACUCUAAUAAGAAUUUCAGGAUGCAAACGAGAGAAGCAUGGGAUUAAUUACAAUCACAUUGUAUGGCAUCCUCCAGUUUGAAUCUGUUUGGAGAUCUCGGUUCCCCCGGGUGUGACCAUCAUGUUGUCAGGUCGUGUCUCAAUCACAUCAUCAGUUAGGCUUCAAAUUCCAGACUGGACUGACUGGUCAGUACCAACCUUUGCUGAGGCUCACCAAAAUUGGAUCAUUUUGAUGCUGAAUGCUGUUAACCAAGGUGCAAAUGUACUCUUCAGUGUUGCUGAUCUUUCUUAUUUUUUAAUUGUCAUUAUUUUUCUUGGGUUAUUUUAAAAUGAUGUCCAUGUUAUCUCCAGGUAGCUGUAAAAAAUAAAUAGAUAAAAUAAACUUCAUUUAAGAUACCCAUUAGUGGUAUAUGUCAGUUGUAUGUGAUUGCAGGGCCAAAUGUCAUUCUUCUGCCUGAGGGAAACCAAGAAAGUUGUGGUACAGAGGCCACCAACUUGUCAACUUCCCAAAUCUUUUGUGCUCAAGCUCUUGAUUCUUCUGGCUUUGUGUUAUUCUGCGUUAGCACUUACCAGUCAUUAGAUCCUGUCCUCAAGGAGCUCAGAGAGGGAGAGACGUUCUAGGAAGGAAACCCCGAUUAACGUGUUUAGUUUAGCAGUAAAGAAGAUUUUUGUUACUCUUCUGUGGGUUUAAUUAUCCAUCCUGUCUAAUGCUGUUCUCUGUCAUCCUAGAAAAUAAAGCGUUUGUGGGAGCAGAGCUCCGCCCAGCAGGGGGCAGAGCAGAUGUUUGCACUUGGCUCAGUAUGUUAUGAAUGUGGCACAGUAAAUAAAGUUUGUGUACAGAAUAUUAGUUUAUUUCUAUGAGAGCAAUUAUGUUCAGGAUAUAUAAAAAAUGUAUCUAAUUAAACCAUUACAGAUCUA